AUGGCCAAACACGUCUCUAUCCUGGUCACAGGCUUCGGACCGUAUGAUGGUGUUGGCUCUGGGAAUCUCUCUUACUCGAUUGUGACGACGUUGCCGAAGUUCCUUCCUGCCACGUCCAGGUGCCCCAUCCCCGUGCGCGUCGUCAUCCACCCCUACGACAUACCAGUCAUCUACAACGAGGUCCGAUCGCUCGUCCCACGUCUCUACGACGCCUACGGCCAUGAGGCCGACAUCUGGCUGCACUUUGGCAUGCGCCCCGGCCAGGACUCUUACUCGAUUGAGAGAGUCAGUCGCCGCGACGGCUACCAUGAGACCGAGGACAUCACAGGCCACACUCUUCCCAAGAACGACGGCGAAUCCUUCUUUCGAGACUGCCCAAAGUCCCUCUACACCACACUUGACAUAGACGAUGUCUUUGCCCGCUGGCGCUCCAAGCUGCUCGACGCACCAGAAGUCUCGCCCGAACUCGGUGCCGUGCGCAUCCGCAAGAGCUCCGAUCCAGGACACUUCAUUUGCGACUUCCUCUACUAUUCCGUGCUCGCCGAACACUGGAGGAGAAAGGGCCGUCCCAUUGGCGGCUCGCGUCUACCAGAACUUCUGCCCGUCAUGUUUCUGAACGUACCGACCGAAAACACUGUAGAGCAGUUGCGGAGAGCCAGGCAUGUCACUAUAUGCCUGAUGCAAGCCCUUGCUGAGAAUUGGACCGCAAUACAUAGUGUACCUGGACCUUCCACAAGGCCGUAA